UAUAUAUAUAAGUAUUACUUAUGCAGUCUAUCAGCCAGCUGCAACGCGUAUAUAUAAGUGCAACCAAUCAUGUCCUAUAGUAAUGUUUUUGGAGCAAAGUAAUAGAGGAGAGGUAAUAACGUUGGUGAUAAGAAAUGAGAAAAUACAACAAACUCUGCUUCGAAAAACUUUAAGAUUGAAAGUGAGUGGAUUUUGAUUUGAGAGCACUGAACGGUUUCUUUUAUACAGGAGUAAUAAUAACAGUAUAAUAACGUCCGCUAAGAAUAAAAUGUUAAUAUGGUAAAAUUUAGAAAAUACUAAAUAAUUACCAACAUACCUUCUUAUAAACUGCUGCGUACAUGACUCAAAAAGAGGAGAGACUCAUCAACAAAUUUAAUUGUGAUAUGCAACUUUCCCGUGUCACAUCAACGAUUACUCUAUCAUCAAUUAGACAUCUACUGGAAAAUGGAGCAAACAUUAAUUCAAAAGACGAAAAUGGAAAUACUCUGUUGCACUUGGCUGUUAAGAAUGACAACAUAGAUGUGGUAAAAUUGCUGUUGAACAAAGGAGCUCUUGUUAAUGACAAAACAGAGAGUGGACGCACUGCCCUGCACAUAGCUGUAGAAUGGGGCAGAGAAGAAAAUAUACGCCUGCUCUUGAGCAAAGGUGCAGGUGUCAACUCAAAGGACAAAGAUGGCAGAACUCCUCUUCACUUAGUUGUUGGAAAAGAUGUAUACUUUUAUGGAAAAAAGAUAGUCGAAAGAUUUGAGAAGAUUACCAAAUUGCUUUUGAGAAAUGGAGCUUGCAUUGAUGAAUGCGACAAUGCGGAACAAACGGCACUUUUCAUUGCAGUUUUUGCAAAGAAGGAAAGAACAAUUAAAAUACUCUUGGACAAUGGUGCUAAAAUCAAUGCAAAAGAUAGUUCUAAUAUGAGCCCACUGCACUUUGCAGUCAUCUCCAAUAAUAUUGACAUAGUGAGAUUACUGUUGGACAGAGGGGCAGAUAUUUUGGCCAAAGACAAAAUUGGGAGCAGUCCAUUGCACUUUGCAGUCGAACGUAAUAACUUGAGUAUUGCAAAACUUUUGCUGGAGAGAGGAGCUGUUGUGGAUGAUGUCAGAAAAGAUCGCUACACUGCGAUUCAUACAGCUGUAGAUCAUGGCAAAGAAGACAGUAUUAUACUUUUAUUGAAUAACGAAGCUAAUGUUCAUGCAAGAGAGGAGAGUGGUAAAAAUCCUCUUCACUUAGUGGCUCAAAAAAAUUUGCAAGGCAGCACUAAAGAAGUGGUACAGAAAUAUAAGAGGAUAGCAAAAUUAUUAUUGGCAAAAGGUGUUAACGUUAAUAGCGUAACAGAUACUGGACAGACUGUACUGCAUACAGCUGUGAUUGCCAGAAAUAAAGUAAUGGUCAAAUUGCUUUUGGAGCAUGGAGCCAAUGUGAAUGGUAAAAAUAAUUAUGGAGAAAGUCCAUUAUACUGUGCUGUUAAAUCCAAGAAUAAUCGUAUCGUUGAGUUCCUUUUGAAAAAAGGAGCAGAUGUAAAUGACAAGAGGAAUGAUGGUAGAACUGCACUUCAUGGAGCUGUAGAAAUAGAAGACACAAAUAUGAUUCACAUUCUUUUAGAAUAUGAGGCAGAUAUAAAUGCAAAAGAUGAUAAAGAAAAAAGUCCAUUAUCCCUUGCCAUUAGAAUGGAUGAUUGGAUAUCUGAAGUUCUCACAAUGUAUCUAGCAAAAGUGGAUAUGAAACAAAUAUCUAAAGAGAAUUUGAGGCUAUUAAAAAGUAAUGAAAAGUUAAACAAAUUCUACAGUAACUGUCUGGUAGAGAUAGGAAAAAUGAAAGAAUAUAAAAUAUGUUAUAAAAUAACUUUCUUCAAUAUUCUGACUGAAUGCGAUAGGGAAUUAGGAAGAUAUGCAAGAAGUCAGAAUGCGGUGAAACUAUUCAAAUCUAAUGAAUAUAAAAUGCAAUUUCCAAUAUACUGUUUAAUGCUAAGAGACAGAUUCUACAAGGGUCUGCAGAGAAGACAUAUGUCUGAAAUAGUCGAAGAAUCUUUGAACUUCUUGUGGAAGUAUUUCAAUUUAUCAGAUCUUUUGAUUCAGAAAGUACUUUAUUACCUGUGUUUUGAAGAUUUGCAAUUUAUGGCAAUCUGUUCUGAACAGCCGUCGACUAAUUUAAAAUUAAUUUAUGAGACUAAGUAAUUUAAGAUAAUUAAUUAAAUAAUGGAUUUGUGAGUCUGGAAAUAUGUUUACAUUUCAUUUUUUAUUGUUAUAAGUUAAUAUAUGAUGAUUCAAUAAUAAAUUAUUUUUAUAAUACAA